AGGGUUUGUGGUUGGUGUCUGCCGACCCUUCAAUCGGCGGAGCUCUGCCAUGGCGAAACCACGUGGCUCAGGGUUUGAUGUCGUUUUACGCCGUCGCUGCAGUCGGCGCUGUUCUUAUCAUGGUGAAGGUACCUGGCUUAGGGUUUGUUGUCGUUCUCCACCAUCUCUGCAGGCCGCGCUGAUCUCCCAUGGCGAAGCUGCGUUCCGGUUUUACCUGUUUUCUUCUGGCAGAUCUUCGAGUUCGUGGUGUUCCUGAUGGUAUCGAUUAGGUUACCUUAGAUUCUUUCUCAGGCGCCUAUGAUCAUGUUUCUUGGAUCAGGAGUUCGGUAGAUGACUGUUCGUGUUCCAUGGAUUUUGUUGAUCGUACGUCUCUUUUUAAGUACAGAGGAACUCGAACCAUGGGGCGGUUUAUGAUUGUCAGACUAUGUUCUCCGAUUGCAAAUUCGUAUUAAAGGUGUAAAAUUAUGAUAUUCCCUGUGGCUGGGAACAAGCGGGUAUUGAUUGAGGGAAGGUAAUUUGGAACUGAACUUUGUUAUAUGGGCCUUUGCCAUGUUGGGUGCGCUCGCAUGGCAGGUCACCUAUCCUUAAUAAAAUUUUAUUUUUUUGGGUGUGCUUGUGGGGAGAUCGCACGGGGUAUUGUUAUUUAUCCCUGGGUUCUCCUCCACUUUGUGGUGUUGCGUCAUUGGUUCCUUUUUGCCCCUGCAUAUUUGCAUCCGCAUAGCGUUAUGUUGCCCCACUAAAUAUCUUAAGACUUCAUUAUUUGGGUUGGUACGAAAUCAUUUUCGGAGUGAUGAGGUCUAUUUUGUUUUUGGGUUUCCAUAGAUACUGUCAUGCAUUUAAAACAGUCAUUGACACAUUAUGCAGCUCUUUCCAGAGAGAUUGAGCAUACUCAGUUACUUUAAAACAACUGCUUUAAUGAUUAGCACAUUAAGUUAUUCUAUUAUUUAUUUAAUUACAACAUUCCUUCUCCUUUUGCGAUUAGCUUCCAGCCAAAUUUGUAGACACAUGCAAUGGUAAUUUGAUAUGUCGAGACUACUUCAAUGGUCAGUGUCACUAAGAUCGUGCUGCAUCUUAUUUACACUUUCAUACAUUGUGACUGGACCAUGUAAGGUUCCAUAUUGUUGCAUCCUCAUGUAUUCGUUUCAGUAUAAGAUCGUCAACCCUGAAUAGUCGAUGAGGGUCAAUCGCCAAUUGCUGGUUGUUAUGGUUUGAGAAUUGAAAUUUCGUUUUUCUGUUCUUGUUUUCGAAGUAGUUUCAAUAUCACUGGUACUUGAGAUUUAGGUCAUCUGGAUUUUGAAUGACCUGCAGCAGAGACAAUAAUCUUCGUUUUCAGAAGAACAUGACCAUACAUCAAUGUACUUUUGUAUUGGGCCUCUUGUGUUGCAGGAGCUGGAGAUUUCUUCCAUUUACGGAGCAUGUAUGAGGAAAAAGAAGCUUAUUUCAGAUCCAUGGAGCUUGACGUGUUCCAAGGAAUUUGGUGACCAGCUGUUAUUAAUCAUCGGAGGAACUAGCCGUAUGGAUACAUUGGGCUAUCAGAGGUUCCCUGUGUGCUUCUGGUGGUGAUCUCAUGGGACGUUUCUUGAUUCCUUGCUCUUACUCUCCAGUUGCUCUUUCUCUUACGCCGUUAUUUGCUUUGUGGUUAAUCUAAAUUUUUUAGGUGUUUUGGAUUUUACUUCCAUGGGAGUUAUAUACCACUGUGCACAGACGUAACUCUCAACAUUGACUUAUGUUACAUUGAAUAGGAAUAUGUGGAUGAUCUUGAAUUGUUGCAAACAUGAUCUUCGUUUAUCUUUCACUUUUUAUAGCCAAUUUGAUGUGGUGAAAAAGGUCACCACCAUGAACUCUUUUUAAUCUUAUCUGGGUUGAAAUGUCUACUAAUUGUUAUAUCCUUUGUUGAGGGUUAGGUAUUGUUGUCAUGAGAUUGUUUUUCAGUUGCUUUAUUGAUAGUUAAGUUUUGGUGUCGUUUUUUUAUGAAGCUGUUGUUUUAUUUGGUCUUAUUUUGAUGUGUCUUCUGAUUUGUAUGUGCAAUGUUGUUAUAAUGGCGAAAUGGAGUCACAAUUGUAUGAACGUCCAUUCUGCUAAUUUGACUUUUUAAGCCGGACCAAGUCAUUUGAUGGCUUUCUCCGGAAGAUACUGGAGAUCGACUGGUGUUAACUGUUAAUAUAAUUUAAUUUGACUGGUAUGAACUGAUGGCUUUCACCAAUUUAGUUUGAGACCAAAGUAGUUCUAUUUUUGUCGUGAAUUCUUUAUGCAUUAGUUCAUGAUGGUAUCUGCUUGUUUUGAAGCAGUAGGAAGAUACUUCUUAUGAAUGUAAAUGUAUGAUUAGAUUGUUUUCAAAGUAACCGACAGAUAUACUCUUUAUUUAAUGUGUUCUAUAAUUUUGAUGAUAAAAAAGUUGGUGUCUAAGUAGAAUGAAAUCAAGAAUCGCUGUUUAGCUGCACUUAAAUUCUUCUCUUCUUGCAUUUGAUUAUGAGCAAGUUCGUCGGAAGUCAUUUUGUGAAUCGGAGGAAGGGGUGAAAGUGAAAUUAUUUUUCUCGGAAUAGAAAAAUAAUUUCUAUUCAACCGGUGGAUAAAAAUCCGUAGGUGAGGCUCGCAGCGGGUUGUCUUGUUGGGUCUUUAAGCUCAAAAUGGCAAGAGCGCUCAAUUCAUUUGAAAGUGAAUAUCGGGUACUUUUGAAUGCCUUGAGAGGUUGGUGGUUCGAGCCCACCGAGAUCCUUUCAUGUUUGUCAGCGGCCGUAUGUUUUUUUAAUCUUUGUAUUGAGGUCUGAACAGAAAAUUUUCUGAUUAAAAUGGUUUUCGACAAUUAGUUCUUUUAUUGCUUACAUAUUUUGAGGAUUGUGUGAUCUCUUCACGUCUUUUUUAUGUGAACGUACUAAAUUAAACUUGUGAAACAGAGUUUUAUGGGAAAGGAUUAAGCUUGGACCACCUGCAGCUCGUUAGUUCUUUCGAGACUAUCCAGCUAAGCAGGAGCUUCAGCCAUGGCGGGUCUAUUGAUACGAGAACGUCUCCUCUACGAUCUUCUUUUAGAACGAGACGGGGGAAGUCCAGACGUUGAAGAAGUGGAGUUUAAAGUACAAACAUACCGCGGAAGUCCAUUAUUGCUUUGAUGUGUUAUUACAAAUCAAUUAUGAUGCCCGGGUUCACGAUACACAUGGUCUUAUGGUUGUAAACUGGACGAGAGCGCGACAAAGCCCAGGGAAGCGUGGAAGGCAAAUCCCCACCAGGCGAGCCUCGUGUCCAACAUGUGGCACGAGGUUUGUGAAAAAGUUCCACGUGUUCUCUCCUUUGAGGGUCCUUCCUCCACUCGGUUGAUCCAUUUAAAGACGGCAGCGAACAAAAUUGGUGGGUUCUGAGAACGGGAAAGAUCGAAGUGAAAGGACAUGGGAGGGCAGGUUGACAUCAUGCUCCGUUUAGGCCACAGCGUAGCGGGAGUAAUUCGCCUGAAUCCCAGCCCAAUCGCACUCCUGACCCCCGUGGGACGUAGAGGCGGCGCAGUCUGCUUCGUCUCUGGCGCGACACCUGAGAAGAAGGAGAGGAAGAUGGACGAAGACGAAGAGCAGCAUACUGAUUCCGAUAACACCUAUCAAGGGGAUGCGAUGAGUCACUCCUUUGGGGAAGCGUACGCGACGCGCUCAGACUGGGAAGGUUUUGGAGGCAUCUACGGCCGAAAUCCUUCGGAUAUAACUCAUCCCGAAUACGACAAGGCGCAGGGGAGCGGGGUGAAGGAAAAGGAGAAGGCUCCCAACCAAGCCACAUGAUGAGUCCUAGGCUUUUGUUACUUGUUUCCCGUUGUCUACGUAUUUCCCUGGUAACUCGGAUGCUACUUCUCUCUAGUAAAACGCCUGUUAUGACAGUUAUCUUCAAGAAAUAAAUAAUUUUAACAACUCUUUAA